AUGGCGAGUGGAGGUCAUUUCGAGUUCUCUCCAUCUUCAGAUAGGAAAGAAGAUACAAAGUUUUGUGCUAGGCCAACUUCAGUCCACAGAGUUAGGUUAAGAAUUAACCAUGGGGGUAGUUUUGUAAACCACCCAGUGAAGAUGUACGUUUGUGCCCAAGUGGAUGAGAUGAAUUGGUCUUGGGAUGUAGACUUAAUGUCUCACAUGCAAAUUACUAAAAUGGUCAAAAGUUUAGGAUAUAUGAGUUUUAAAAGUUUGUGGUACCAGCAUCCGAAGUACUCAUUUACACGUGGACUUAGACCUCUCAACAAUGACGAGGAUGUAUUAAAGUUUGCUGAAGAUGUCAAAGGGUUCAACGUAAUUGACGUCUUUGUGGAACACUGUAUAGAUAAUCCUGAAACUGAACCAGAUCAACCAGAUUCUGAACCACUUCAACCAGAUCAACCUGAACCUGAAGCUGUUCAACUUGAAUCUGAAGCUGUUCAACCUGAAUCUGAAGCAGUUCAAACUGAAGAAGAUAAAUCAGAAUCUGAACCAGUUCAAACUGAACCAGAUCAACCACAAUCUGAACCUGUUGAACCUGAAUCUGAAGCAGUCCAUGGUGAAGAUUAUCUGAGUGAAGAAGAUGAAGAUUAUGUUGCUAACUCAGAUGAUGACGAUGAUGAUAUGGGUGAGUUAUAUGACGAUGAGGAUUGGGACUGGAUUUCUGAAAUACCAACUGAGAUCUUUGUUAAUGUUGGUGAUGAAAAUUCAUUUGAAAGACAUGAAAACCCAAGAGGAAACCCAGGGCCUAGUUUUGCAACUGAUUUUGAAGAAAAUGAUGUGAAUUCUGAUGAUUUGGAUACUCCACUAGGAAGUGAAGUUGAUGAAGAGAAUGUUAGGAAAAAUCCUAAAUUUAACCAACCUGAAAAUAGUGAUGAAGUAAGGAGGGCAAAAAAUAAACAAGAUAAGACUGAAUGGCUUGCCAAGAAAUUUGUUCCUAUGUUGAGACAUACACCUGAAAUGAAACCCAAUGGAUUGAUUGUUGAGGCGCUUGAUAAAUGGGGUGUGAAGUUGUCUAAAUACCAAGCAUAUAGAGCCAAAGUAAGAGCCAUAGAAAUGAUUCAAGGUGCUCAAAGGGAGCAAUAUGCACAUUUGAGAGAAUAUGCUGAUGAACUUAGGAGAUCAAAUCCAAACUCUACGGUUAUUAUUAAGUGUGGUAUGUCUGACAUUGGACCAGUAUUUGAGAGAAUAUAUGUAUGUUUGGAGGCUUGUAAGGCUGCAUUUGCUAAUACAUGCAGGCCUUUAAUUGGGUUGGAUGCUUGUUUCUUGAAGGGAGAAUAUGGCGGUCAAUUAAUAGCCGCAGUAGGUAAAGAUGGGAAUAAUCAAAUGAUUCCCAUUGCAUAUGCAGUUGUUGAAGCAUAA